CCAGUGUUGUGGUGAGGCGCACCACCCCACACAGCCCAGCGGUUCGUAGCGGGGCAGCCACGCCUUGUUUCUUGAAGCAUCUCGGCAAGGGUUUGUUGGAGUCCGACCUCAUCCUCACUGUCAUCUUUCUGAAUCCUAUUUCUCAAGUCAGAAAGGACUUUCCGAAAAAAUGGCCAGUCGUGGCAAUCAACAACAACAGGGGGAGGCAGUCGACCUCACCACCCUCACGGCCCAGCAGCUCAGCGCCGUCAAGAAGCAGCUCGACGGCGAAGUAGAACAUCUUUCGAGCUCAUACGCCCAACUCGCUGCCGCCCAGGCAAAGUUCAAGGAGUGCUUGCGGGUAGUCAAGUCGGGGUCAUCAACAUUUGACAAAGACAAGUCCAUCCUCGUCCCUCUCACCAACUCGCUCUACGUCAAGGGCCAGCUCGCAGACCCCGACCGGGUGCUCGUCGAUGUCGGGACAGGUUUCUACGUGGAAAAGGACACCAAAUCAGCCUCGGAGUUCUACGAAGCCAAGAUCAAGGAGCUAGCAGGUAAUAUCCAAGGGCUGGAGGGUAUCGUGCAGGCCAAGACGAACAACCUGCGCGUGGUCGAAGAAGUCCUACGGCAGAAGGUGUUGGCACAAGGGUCUGCAGGUGGCGCGGCAGGACAGGCAUCAUGACAGGAGGUCACUCCAGGAGAACUGGACGAGGCUAGAAGACCCGGGAUAGCAGCAAAUACCGUUGAGAUGCACA